AAACACUGAAUUAACACCUUUUGAUUUGGAAAAAAAACGUCAAUAAUCCAAGUCAACUUCAUUUAAAAAAAUUCAAUCCAAACCAUAGAAUAGAAGCUUUCUUCGGACUGUCUUCUGGACGCUUCACCGAAAACAGCAAUGGGAAAAGGCAAAGGAGUGGAUAUAAACUUGGACUUUGUGUUCAGACUACUAGAAUUGAUUCUUCUCAUCGUGGGGCUUGCGAUGUUCAUGAUUUCUUCGGGUGAAUUCGAUUUCCUGAUGACAUUUCAUGAAGCGGAUUUAUUUGAAGCCAGCGACGCCCUGUGCAUUGCAGGAAGCGCUUUUGUUAUCCUCCUCCUAAUAAUGUUGUCGUUGCAACUGGUCAAAGGGGAAGAACAAGAACAGAAAUUUCUUGGAUGGUUGGCCCUGAUUGGAACCAUACUCCUUCUCAGUACUGGAAUUGCUGUUAGUGUGAUUGGUCAGCAUUCCUCAACCAAUAUCAUUCUAAGUGGGGUGAUGGCGAUAAUGGGCGGGUUGGCCCUACUAGUGGAAGCUCUUAAAGACUUUGGCGUUUUUUAGUUAGGUAUUUUGUUGUAAUAAACGCAAUCAAGUCUAUUGAAA